GGUCAACGGAAAGACAUUCCACCGCCACUUUUGAAAAAGCCGCUCGAUUGUGGCCGCCAUGGUGCCAGGUUCCAAUCGAAUUCAAACGCUAACGGCCCCGGGCUCGUGAAUGGGGCUCUGCCCGUUUGCGAAGGAAAACACUUGGACAGGACAGGUUGAGACGAGACGGCACAAGGAGCCGUACAUCGCGGUCGCAUCACGAUGUGCUCGACGGCCGGGCUGCCGCCGGCGGGCGCCUGCCUCGCUUUCCGGGUGACCCGGGUGGACCCACCCCGGCCCGGCUCCGUACUGGUCAGGCUGUGGGGCCGCUUCCAGCAGCGGGAGAGGCAACCCGAGUACCAGAAGCUGCACAACGACAUACAGAGCUGGGCCAAGGCGACCCGGCUGGGCGUCGGGCGAGGCGCACAGCCGGCCCCUCCGCUGGAGAUCAACGAGCGGUGCCUGGUGGACACGGGCGGCGAGUGGCACCGGGCCAGGGUGCUGAGCCGCGUGGGCGACGAUUACACCGUCUUCACCCUGGACGAAGGGCGGGCGCUGCCGGUGCGAGCCCGUAGCCUGGACCGAGGUAAGAAGGACUUUUUCCAGCUGCCGCCCGAGGUGGUCUGCUGCAUCCUGGCCAACCUGGUGCCGGCGGCCGGUCCCGGAGGCGGCGGGAACAGCAACAGUGGCGGCAGCAGCAGCGGCAGCAGCCAUGUCGUCGCCGCCACCACCAGCACCUCCUCAUCCUCCGCCGAGGACGAUCAAGAGGAGCCGGAGGAAGUCGAACAGGAGGCGGUACCGGAGGGCGGCAGCGAGGAUGGCGGCGGCAAGCAGCGGGGCGGCACGACCUCCUGGCCACCGGGGGCGCUUUCCUUCUUCCGGGCCCUGCAAGGCCGCACCCUGGAGGCGCAAGUGGAGGCCGUGCUGCCCAACCGCCUGGUGCUGGUGGACGUGGCGCGGGUGUCGAGGCAGUUGUGCGAGCUGGGCCUGGCCCGGCCCAUCGACCGGGGCGCCUUCCGGCUGAUGGUGGAGAUGUCCACCUCGCGGCCUUGCGGAGCGGGAGGAACGGCCUCCGCCGCCUCGUCGUCCUUCAGGAAAGAGCGUGUCCCGGUGCCGCUUGGAGGCGGUGCCGGUUCCGCGGGCGAAGCGUCCUCCGCCGUGGCGCACCCGCCGCCUGUUGCCCCCAGCGAGGCGGGAUACAGCCUCAACUACUUCUACCCGCUGCUGCAGGUGGACGAGACGGUGACGGUGAGGGUGACCCAUGUGCGCUACCCGGACCGCUUCUUCUGCCAACUGCGCUGCCACUGCCCUGAACUCGAGCGGCUGCACGACAGCAUGCACCGUUACUAUGACAACAGCCGCGCGGCGGCGGCGGCUGCAGGACCGAGUUCAGGGGCAACGCCUGACACCCCGCGCCGCCUCGGAUCGCCGUGCGCGGCCAAGAGCGCGGACGGCCGCUGGUACCGCGCGCUCGUGCAACAGACUCUGGCCGACGGCGUGCUCGAGGUCUUCUACGUUGACUACGGCGACCGCGAGGUGGUGCCGGCCCGCGCCGUCCGUAAGCUCAGUCCUGGCUACUUCAAAAUGCCGGUCGUCACCUACCCGUUCGCGCUGCGCGACGCCUCCGACUACGGCCGUGGCUGGUCGCCGCGCCACGUAGAGCUGCUCAAGUCGCUGAUCCUGCGCCGAGUGCUGCAGGCGAAGGUGGAGUACUAUAACUCGGUGGAGAAUGUCUAUUUUGUCACCUUGCGCCAGGAAGACGGCUCCUCCGUAAACGCGGCUUUCAACGCCCAGGCCGAGAGCCUGCUGACUGGCUACUGCGAACAAGCCCGGGCUAGACCCGACACUCAGAAACUCAGUGCGCUCCAGUGUGGCGGUGACUACCUCAUCGGGGACCGAAGGACCGAAGGGGUCUCCUGCAAGACCAAGGAUCGUGUCUCUCUGCUGAAGAAUGCCAAACUCAAGCUCAACGCGUUUUAUGAUGUUCUAGUCGAAUUUGUGAAAGAUCCUUCAGAAUUUUGGAUACGAACCAUGGAAACGGCCAGCGAAUUUGAAAAGCUCAUGAACAGCAUUGCCAAGAAAUAUGCAAACGUGGGUCGAAAUGAAGGAUUAGUGAAGAAACCAGAACCUGGCUUGUUAUGCUGUGCUAAAUUCAAAGCUGACAACUUAUUUUAUCGAGCUGUUAUUACUGAGAUUCUUGAUGGCCAUUUCAGGGUAUUCUUCAUUGAUUAUGGAAACAUGGAAGUAGUCGACUGGCAUGAUGUUAAAGCCUUGCUUCCAGAAUAUAGAAAAUUACCUGCCUUGGCAGUGAAGUGCUGCCUUGCUGAUCUUGUACCUAAAGAUGGGAGUUGGAGUAGAGAAGCGAUUGCCUAUUUUGAAAAGUCGGUGUUUGAAAAGCAUCUGGUGGUUCAUGUUUUAGAGAAGGAAAUGGACAAGUACUUGAUUGAACUUCUCGAUGUAGAAGAUGAGGGAGAACCCAGUGUGAAUAAGUUAAUUUUGCUGGCUGGUUAUGCUGAUCGCAAAGAACUUAAAAUAUCAAACUUCAGUUCAAAGAAUUUGGAUUUAUUAGGCCAUUUACAUGUUUCUCAUUCAUCUGAAGAAAUAGUGCACACACAUGGCAGAAACAAAAGAGACAAAUUGGAGCAAAGACCAGUGACUCCUGACAAAAUUAAAUCAUUUGCUGACUACUGUGGGACACCAACAGCAGGCUUAAGUGAUUCUCUAACCACAUUAUUUUCCAGUCAAGGUGAAUUUGAAGGUAGCGCAAGAACCCAUAUGAUGGAAUCUGUAAUUAUGGAGUCCCCAUAUAAACAAGAAUACCUUAAAGUGGGAAGCACUGUGGAUGUGCAAGUGUCUUACAUUGAUGAACCUGGUGACUUUUGGUGUCAAAUGACUAAAAAUACACAUGAGUUGAAGAUAUUAAUGAGUAAAAUACAGGAAUAUUAUAAUACACAUGAAGAUAGUUUUCAGCCUGGUCAAUCUGCUUGUAUUGUAAGAUACUCUGAAGAUGGAAAGUGGUACAGAGCGCUGAUUCUUGGGAAAGUGACUGCGAUGGAAGUGGAUGUACUGUACAUUGAUUAUGGAAAUAGAGAGAGAGUACCCAUAAGUGAACUGCGUCUAAUAAAACCUGAAUUUCUCCUUUUUAAAGGUCAGGCAUUUAGGUGCAGUCUUUAUAACAUCAUUCAGCCCAUGGGUCCUGAUCCGUUCAUGUGGAAUGAAGAUUCAAUUGCUGCAUUUCAGGAAUUUAUUGAUAACGCUUUAAGCUUGUACAUGGAGCUCAAAUGCACAGUAUAUGCAUUGACUGUUGUAGAAGGCAAAGGGCUAUGCAAUGUUGUGGAUUUGAAUACCCCUUUUCAGAGUGCUUGCCAGUUACUUAUUGAGCGAGGCUUGGCUAAAUUUGUGGGAUCGCCUAGUGUUCUUGCCCCAUCAGUAAGCCUUUAUACUUAUUACUAUUCAACUCAUGAUGUGAAAAUUGGUAGUGAAGAAGAAAUGUAUGUGAGCCAUGUUGCAAGCCCAACAAAAUUCUACUGUCUACUUGGCAGAAACCUGGGUAUACUAGAUAAACUUGCUGACAAGGUUAACAAAUUGUCUUCCAAGAUGCAGGGCUAUACUUUUACGCAGGGAAUCGAUCCUAUCUGUCUUGCAAAAUACACUGAUAACCGGUGGUAUCGUGCUUUAGCAUGGCCUAUGCAAGACAGAAUUCGGGUCUCUUUUGUGGACUAUGGCAAUAAAUUAGAUAUUAAUAAAGAUGACUUGCUUCCAAUACCCAACAGUGCAAAAGAUGUUAAAUUCUUACCCAUGCAAGCAAUUAAAUGUGGCUUGUCUGAUAUACCAGUGGACCUGUCUGUUGACAUUAUUAUCUGGUUUAAAAAAGCUGUGAUGGAUAAGCCUUUAAAAGCUGUAGUUGUAGCAAAAGAAACUGAUGGAAAACUGAUAGUUGAACUAUAUGAUGGGAACAUGCAAAUUAAUGCAAAGAUUAAGGAACAGCUAUGCUUGCAGAAUACCAAUGAAGCCAAAAUAAAUGGAAAUGCCAGUAGGCAAAAAAGUAAAAAUGAAAAGUCUUGCUCCCCAUACUUGGGGAAGAGUGACCAUGAUCAAUCCCCCCUCAAAAGACGUGCAGCUGAGGACCAGGGUGAUAAUCGUGAAACUGAGAAAGUAACUAUAACUUGCAAGCAGGACAGGUGGAAGAACAGAACAGAGGUUCUUGCACAGACUGAAGAGACUGGAAUAAAGAAAUGUGUUCACAACAAGAUGUAUACAAAGAAUACAAAAGAAUAUUUGGAUGUAAAAUCCACUGUGGAAAUUACUGAUCACAAAUUGGAUGGCAUUUUGGUUGAAAACACGAGCAAAAAGAACUCUAACUUAAAUAUACCUUGGCCUAAGCUGACAGAUCUCCCUCUGAUGACCUUAAGUGGUGGAUUUACAAGUGAGGUAUCUGUUUCACAUGUCAUCAGCCCAUCACACUUUUUUGUUCAGCUUCUCCAAAAUGAAGAUAAAGUAACUGCAAUGGAAGAAAAGUUGAAUACAUGCAAGAUGAGUGAUAACAAAGUUGGAAGCUUUCAGAUUGGUAAUGUAGUCUGUGCAGAAUUUCCUGAAGAUGGAUCUCAGUACAGAGCUGUUGUAACUCAAAUUCAUGAUGAUAUGGUUUCUGUAGAAUAUAUAGAUUAUGGUAAUACUGCAACAGUGGAUGCAUCAAAAGUUUUUCCUCUUCCUAAAGACUUCUUGGAAGUCUACCGGCUUAGCAUACCGUGCUUUCUUGCAGGAUUUCAGGAUUCCUGUUUCGCUGAAAGAAGUGAGGAAGUUGUAUCUGAAUUCAUGAAAAGAACAAAUAAAACUGGGAUAACGUGUGAAUUUAUCAAACUGUGUGGGCAACUCUGGGAGGUUCACCUUUACGAUGACCAGGGAUCAGUCGUGGAUUUGUUGAAUAGCAUUGCAUGUAGAAAUUGCACACAAUAUUCCGAGGAUCCUGCUGAAUACCCCAUAAUUGAUAUAAGAUCUGCAUCAAAGCUUGUUGCAUAUGUCUCUACAAUAAACUCUCCUCAUCAGUUUUGGUGUCAGUUUAAGACAACAAGUGAUGGCAUACUUAUUGAAUCACUUGAGAAAAUGAAAGAUAACUGCCAUAACUUAAAAUCAAAGGAAGAUUCCAUUCCUAGGGUGGGUGAUCUGUGUUUGGUGAAAAGUAAAGCAGGUAAUAAUUGGGCUACUUGUGAAAUUGUGCAAGUUUGUAAUAGAGGUGUUGAAGUACGUUUUCUGAAAGAAGGCAAUAAGGAAGAAGUAAACCAUGAAGACAUAAAGGAAGUAACUUCUGUGUUUACACUAACUUAUGAGUGUAAGUUGCAUGGCUUGUUUCCAAUUGAUGGAAAUAGCUGGUCUAAAGAAGCCACUGAACUCUUUGAAACUUUAGUUUUGCACAAAGCCGUGACUAUUAAAGUGAUUGACAUUUCUGAAGAUAAUGUAUUGCACGUGACUGUAUAUGAUCCCUUGGAUAACAUUGUAAGCAACAGACUAAUGGCUUUAGGAUUAGGUGUUGAAAAGCUAAAUGUGUGUGUAUCUGACACAACUAGUUAUGGACGAUACAUCAAGAAACUUCCUUUAGUGGGACAAACCAUUGAAGGGUAUAUCACUACAGCAGAAAGCCCUAGUUAUUUCUGGUGUCAGUAUUCAUCCCCUGAAGUUCAAAUGUUAUCUAGGAAAAUGCAAGAAGUUGGAGUACUUGGUGUUACUAAUAGGGAAUUACUCUCUGACAUUUCAGUUGAUGACAGCUGUUUUUGUAAAUAUUGUGAAGAUGGGCAGUGGUACCGAGCUGAAGUAAAAAAAGUAAAUGGAAACAUGCUAUCUCUACAAUAUGUUGAUUAUGGGAAUGAAGAUGAUGUUGGAAUAGAACAAGUUAAAAAAAUGCCCAAAGAGUUGUUAAAGAUUCCCACACAAUCUUUUCCAUGUUGCCUUUCAGGGUAUGAUUUGUCUAAAGGAUCUUGGAAAGAUGGUGCUGUAGAUGCUCUCCUUCAUCUUUCAGAUCAAUUGUUAAAAAUUACUGUGGUAGUAAAUGAAUGUAAAGACAACAGUUUACUGCCUGUAUUGUGUGUUCAAAUUCAGUAUGCUGGUGGUAUAAUCAAUGACAUGGUGAGACACUUGUGGAGUCCGCACAUUGAAAAAUUUAGCAAAAGCAGUGAGGUAAACGAUAAAGAGUCAUUGCAUACUGGUCAGUUAACUCCUUUGUUGUCUAGCCUCGGUGGUUUAAAUCGAGAAGAUAAACUUAUGCAGGCUCUAACUUCAAACAGAGCAUGCUCUGAAGUACCAGAUUUGGAAAACUUUGGUAAUUUACACGAGGAGGAAAAAUAUCUUAAUCCAGCUGCAAAUAUACCAGAAGAAAAUACGGAAUUCAUAAUUAAUACUCCAAGUAUUCGGUCAUCUCCCGUAGUAGAUGGUAUAGAUAGUGAAGUAUGUGAACAAAAUACUUCAAAAACCCAUGAAUUUGCUGCAUUGUCUUCAAUUCCCACUGAAGAUACUAUUGACACAGUUGCAGUUUGCAAAUCUGAAAAUUCUGUGCCUUCAGAUCCAGAUGAAGGAACGUCUACAACUCAGGCUUGUAUGGAGCAACACUAUUUAAAUAACCAGAUCGAAGAUGUAGAUCUUAAAGCACAAGGGCCACUUGCUUCAAGUGAACGUCUGCAGGGCUCUGUGCAGAGUAUUGAUUUGUAUGAAGAAAUUUUUAAUUGCCAACAGAAUCAACCUUUCACAGAGGAGAUCGGUGAUGAUUCUAUGACCCGUAUUCUCAUCUCCCAUGAUGACGAUGAUGACUACUAUGAUGAUCAAAACCUGUCAGAGCCACAGGUGAAUGCCAGUGAAACGGAGGACCAUCUUGAGACAGGAUUACAGAUAACAAUAACUGAAAAAGUUGCUGUAAAAGAGGAAAGCAUUCCUUUGAAAGAGCCAUUUACUGGCAUGGAAAAAGAAUCACCCUCAUUGAUACUUCAUGCUGAUCAUGAUAUUUGUGUGGAUGUUCAAAGUGAGAAGGAACACCAGAACAGUGGGUCCAGCUACCCAAAUCCCAGUACUGAUGUCUCCCAAAAGGAAAUUGUUGGUUUUGAAGCUCACUGUGAAAAACAAGAUGGUCAAACGCUUUGUUCGCUUAUGGCAAUAACUGCUGUUGAUAGUGUUGAAUUAGACGAAGAACAAUUGAUUGAUGGUGCCAGCGUCAAUGUCACUGAUGCUAUAAAACCUUCUACUGAUUCAGAAGUUACGUCGCUCGAACAUUUCAUAGAUCAAAACCAAAAAUACCAAUUGAUGCCUAUUGCUGCACUUUCAGCGCCAGAAAAAUGAAGCGGACGUGAAAAUUUGUCAAACAAAUAUGUAAAAACCGAAAGAACUAUCAUCGUAGAGGGCACUUCUACAGGAGACUCGGUGGUUUGUCUUCAAUAAUGUCAUCAGAGAUCUUUGGGGAAGAUUUGUAAAGAAUUGUUCUGAUUAUUCCUUAUUAAAAAUACCAUGGCUACAAAUACUGAAAAAUGAGCUUUUCAUUUAGCCUUUACUUGCUCAACUGAUUUUAAAGAUUCUUUGGAGAAGAAUACUGUAGACUCUGGAAUCAAUCCCCAGUCCCUAAAGCAGAAACCACUCCAUGUUUGAUUGAUCAGGUUCCUAAUAGAAUAAUGUAUGAUCUUUAUAUUUUGGGAUGUUACAGUAUUUCAGUGUAUGUUUUAAAUUUUGGAUUGAAGCUUGCAUACAAUUCACAGCAAAACCCAGGGUUUUCUCUUAAUCGCCAUGAAGAUGUCUAAAUUUCUGAGGGAUGCUGUGGGGGGAAGCGGGGUGAUGGUCCAGUAGUAGUUAUUAACAGGUGUGGCCUGUUGGAUAGAAUUUAAAUUUAAAGGUUACUGCUGGUACCAGUCAGUUAAAAUUGACCAUUUUCAUCUAUAAUGGUGAACAUAGAUACUUGAAGUUGUAAAAUAUGAUAAUUCUAUUAAGCAAAAAUUGUAAAGAAUCUUGCUGAAAUCGGAUCAGUAUGCAAGUCUGUCAAUUGUCAGAAUUAUUUCUAUAUGUACGUCACAGCCAAAAGUAUAAUCACCCUUGGUUCCUUUUUAAAAAAGGCCGAACACAAACUUUAAAUUAUGGAUUAUUAUGCAAGCCAACAACUACAAGUCCUAGAAAUAAGCAGGAUAUUUCCAAAAGUAGUAGUCAUCAAAUACUUUUAAUGUA